AUAACACAUUACACAUUAAAACAAUAACACCCUUUAUCUCUCUAUUUCUCAUUCACAAAUGUCGUGAAUUCGCCAUACUACAUGAAUUCUUUUCUUCUCUCACUUUUAACUUCUCACUAGCAAAAAUCCUUAAUUUCAUCUCACUAUACAGAGAAAAUCGCCAUCAUUAUCAAUGGAGGAAGAACUGUUGAAACGUAAUACUGAUUGCGUUUAUUUCCUGGCCUCUCCUUUCACAUGCAAAAAGGGUGCGGAGUGUGAGUAUCGGCAUAGUGAAAUGGCAAGGUUGAAUCCGCGGGAUUGUUGGUAUUGGUUGUCCGGGAACUGCCUCAAUCUGACUUGUGCAUUUCGACACCCGCCUUUAGAUGUACUUAAAGAGGCAUCAACUAAAGGUACUCCACCUCUUCCAAGUCAGUCUUCCAUGCCUGCUACAAAGACGACAGUGCCUUGUUACUUUUACUACAAUGAAUUUUGCAACAAAGGUGACAAAUGCCCUUUCCUGCAUGAACCGGGUAAUGAAUUUAGAUGGAAGCCAAAGUUGGUCAAUGUCAUUGCUGAUGCACCUGUGGUGCCCUUGGAUAGUAAGAAAUCUAGAAGUGCUGAGGCUGGGCCUAUACCUGCUGUGAAACAUUUAAUUCAAUCUAAAAUGGCAGGGGCAACUGGCAACACAUUGCAGGGUGAUCAGAAAUGGCAGAGUCAACUAUCAGCAACUAAUGAGAUUCCGAAACUGCAUACAUCUAAACAAACUUAUAUCCCUCAAUGUGAAGAAACGGAUGCUAUUGAAACUGUGUCCUUGCAGCAUGCAGGUGGCUUAAGUAAAAGUGAGUGUGAGCCGAGCUUGGAUUCGGACCGUGAACCAGAGGAUCUAAAUGAUGGCAACAUUGUGCGAGAUGAGUUGUGUGAAUCAUCCCCUGGUUUUGAUGUCCUUGUUGACGGGAGAACUGAAGACAUGGUCUAUGAGGAUGAUCCAGACUAUUUGCAUGCCCUUGAUGAGAAUGACAGAGACUGUGAGCACCUAUUUAUGCCCCGUGGUUUUUCUCAUCAGACUGAUUAUGAUGGAGGUUUACUUGAAAAUAGCGAUUAUGAGUUGUCUGAAUAUGUCCAAGAUGAGCUUGGAAUUGAUUGUCGAAAAUAUUCUUCAAGACGCACUCGGGAUAGAAAGUCAAAGCGUGUUGUGUCACGCAAGAGGAACUUUUCGUGUGUGGGAUCACCAAUUGGUAGGGAUUCUGAUAUGGAUCUUCGAGACUACCUUAGGAAACGGAGGAUGAUUGAUGGAUAUUUGGACACACGUGAUUUGAGGCAUGACUUGGUGCAUGUAAGAGAUGGAAGGCACGAUAGGGAUGAAAGGAAUACUUCAUUUCAACGAUUACAUGGAAAGAUAGCAUCAAAGGUGGAAAGAAAUGGGGUGAAAGUGUCUAGUAGACGGAAUUUACUUGUCGAUUCAGAGCAGCAUGGCAGAUCUGGGAAGUCACAGCAUAAUGGCUACAGACAACAUAAUGGGAGGAAGUUAGUUCAGUGUUUGACUGAACGAAGUUCUUACAUAAGACAGAGAUAUCCUCUGCAGUCCUCCACAUUUUCCGGACCUAAGAGCCUUGCUGAGAUCAAAGAAGACAAAAACAUGGGUCAUUUUGACAAAAAGGGGUUGGUAGAAUUUGAAGGUCCUAAACCCUUGUACGAAAUCCUUAAGGACAAGAGGAAGUCUGCUUCUUCUCAAGAUGACUUUACGAACAGCAGCAAUCGAAUGUUUUCUGCUUGUGACUUGUGAUUUUGCUAAUUAGAUGCACCAAAUUAAGGGGGUCCUUUUUAAUUUGCGUAAGUGUAAUAACCACAGGCUUGAACAAUGAUGAAAUGAAUUAUACCACCACAGUACACAGAAACAACCUCAAGAAUCAGAUUCUUGAUUUUCCGGUUGAUGAACUGCCCACCUGUGGCUUCACUCACCUCCUUUGUAUAUUUGACAAUGCAACCCAAAGAUUGACUACCUUGUAUAAUGCAGGGUAAACUUCAAAUUUGUGUGACUAACAAAUCAAAGAUUUGAAUGUACGACUAACAUACACUCGACAAAACAAACGAUGUUUUGAAGAAACAACAAAUGUGUUAUUUUUGAAAAAUCUAAAAACUAUGUUUACAAUGCCUAAGGCUUCCAAUUUAUAAGCCUAGGGAGCAAUCAAAACACGCCUAAAUUUACAAGGAAAAGGGCUAACUAAUCAUAACGGCUAUAAUAGGUCAUGUGCCAAACAUGUGCACACUUAAAGAACAAAACAUAGAAAAAUACAAGUCUGCUGGCUACUGUUAGGUAAGCUGUUGACUACACGACCUUCAGCUCCCUUUCUUGUAGAUUUCCUGUGAUUGUUAGAAGGGACUUUGGGCCAUGACAACAAGGUCCAUGUGCGGAGAUUCUGUUUUUGCCCUCCAUGUUCUCCAAGAAGCUUAGGUUUAAUCUGGACAAGCCCUGCAAGGUCUGCUGGUCAGUAGAUUUUAUUAAACAUUGACUGGCCUAAGUAUAUGCUGUAGUUUGUGCAUCUGCAGCUGCCACAUUCCCUUCUACCUUUUG